AUGCACCCUCAACUAGAAUCCCAAAGGUUUCAUUCAUGUUUGGACCUAAUAGAGGCUCUUGAUAAAUGCCAUCAGGCGGAGUACUAUAAGAGAGCUUUGGGGCUUUGUAAUAAUGAGAAGGAGGCUCUCACACAGUGCUUACAUGAAGCAAGGUUGGCAGUGGGAAAAGCUGCUAUCUUAGAAAAUCGUGAAAGACAGAAGAAGAUUGAUGCCAAGUGGAAGCAAAUCAAGGAGGAAGAGUAUGGUGAAGAUGCUAUUUUGAAACGAAUUAUUCAAGAGCAGGUUGCGAAAAGACACAAAGAGGCCGCAGAAAGGUCUAGAUAA